AUGACAGAAGGACAAACCAUAAAGGAAAUUGACAGACAACUCUGCAUUGCUUAUGAAGAAGACAUGUCUGAUGUUGGAUUGGAUGACGAACAACACAGCCCUAUUGGACAUAACCUUGGGAUUCCACAUGAGCAGAGAGAGAUACAUCCAACUUCAAUGAAUGUUGUAUCACUUACUCCGAGCAUGACAGUUGAAGAGACACAAACACAACCAUGCAACAAAAGAAAGACACUAAAGAGGAAGAGGAUACAAAAUGAUACACAAAUUUUGACACCUAGUGCAUCGAUUGAUCAAAUAGAAUUUGGCAUUUUAUUCAAAGACAAAGAUACCGUGAGAAAUUCAAGGUUCAGAGGAUCGGAACUUUUCAAAGUAGUUAACUUUGAAAAGAGACAUAGUUGUUCAAUAAAUUUCAUCACCUCUGACAUGAGGAAUGCAACUUCAAAAGUCAUAGCGGAAUACAUUACAGACCUAGUACGCCAUACACUACAAGAGAUAACACCCAAAUUUGUCAUUGAAGAAAUGAGAAGCAGAUAUGGCUUGCACAUUGGUUACCACAAAGCAUGGUGUUCCCUCCAACACACUUAUAAUGUCAUAAGAGGAAGCCCAGAAAAUAACUACACACUUCUACCGCAAUAUCUUCACAUGAUGAAAUUAAGAAAUCCUGGAACAGUUGCUAACAUCAAAUGGACCGCUGACAAUAAGUUUAAGUAUGCUUUUUUCGCUUAUGGAGCAUCAAUUGAGGGUUGGAAACACUGCAGACCAGUAAUGAUGGUAGAUGCAACCUUCUUGAAAUCAAAAUACCAGGGUGUGCUCAUGAUAGCAGUAGCAAAAGAUGGAAACAACAGCAUAUUUCCUCUCGCAUUUGGUAUUGCAGACUCUGAGAAUAAUGAAUCCUAUAGGUGGUUCUUCAGACACGUGAAAAAGGUGUUUGACACGCGCAAAGACCUAUCAAUUCUUUCUGAUCGCCACGCAUCAAUUGCAACUGCAAUCAAAGAACUGUAUCCAGAUACACAGCAUUGA